GAGAGCGGACAGCUACACUAAGGCCAUUCGCCUGCUGCUGCUGAGGAAAGACUGGAUUGGUGGCGGGAAGGAGGCCGCGGCGAACUAGACGCAGUGGGCGGGCGGGAACGUGAAGUCUCCGCGGUGCCUGAUGGGGCAGUUGGGUGGCUGGUAGCGGCCGAGGGGCGCCUUGUACUUGCCGUCCCUCUCCUGGAUGCCUCAUGGCGGCCAUCGGAGUUCACCUGGGCUGUACGUCAGCCUGUGUGGCGGUCUAUAAGGAUGGCCGGGCCGACGUGGUUGCGAAUGAUGCAGGUGACAGAGUUACCCCAGCUGUAGUUGCUUAUUCAGACAAUGAAGAGGUUGUUGGACUGGCAGCCAAACAAAAUAGAAUAAGAAAUAUUUCAAAUACUGUAAUAAAAGUGAAGCAGCUCCUUGGCAGAAGCUCUGAUGAUCCACAAGCUCAGAAAUACAUCACAGAAAGUAAAUGCUUAGUCACUGAAAAAAAUGGGAAGUUACGGUAUGAAAUAGAUACUGGAGAAGAAACAAAAUUUGUUAACCCAGAAGAUGUUGCCAGACUGAUAUUUAGUAAAAUGAAAGAAACAGCACAUUCUGUCUUGGGCUCAGAUGCAAAUGAUGUUGUUGUUACUGUUCCAUUUGAUUUUGGAGAAAAACAAAAAAAGGCCCUUGGAGAAGCAGCUGGAGCUGCUGGAUUUAACGUUUUGCGAUUAAUACAUGAACCUUCUGCAGCCCUUCUUGCUUAUGGAAUUGGCCAGGACUGCCCUACUGGAAAAAGCAAUAUUUUGGUGUUUAAGCUUGGAGGAACAUCCUUAUCUCUCAGUAUUAUGGAAGUUAACAGUGGAAUGUAUCGAGUUCUUUCGACAAAUACUGAUGAUAACAUUGGUGGUGCACAUUUCACAGAAACCUUAGCACAAUAUCUAGCUUCUGAGUUCCAGAGAUCCUUCAAACAUGAUGUGAGAAGAAAUGCCCGUGCCAUGAUGAAAUUGAUGAACAGUGCUGAAAUUGCAAAACAUUCUUUGUCAACCUUGGGAAGUGCUAAUUGUUUCCUCGACUCCUUAUAUGAAGGUCAAGAUUUUGAUUGCAAUGUGUCCAGAGCAAGGUUUGAACUUCUUUGUUCUCCACUUUUUAAUAAAUGUAUAGAAGCCAUCAGAGAACUCUUAGAUCGAAGUGGAUUUACAGCAGAUGAUAUCAACAAGGUUGUCCUUUGUGGAGGGUCCUCUCGAAUCCCAAAACUACAGCAACUGAUUAAAGAUGUUUUCCCAGCCGUUGAGCUUCUGAAUGCCAUUCCUCCUGAUGAGGUCAUCCCUAUUGGUGCAGCUAUAGAAGCAGGAAUCCUUAUUGGGAAAGAAAACGUAUCAGUGGAAGACUCUCUAAUGAUAGAGUGUUCAGCAAAAAAUAUUUUAGUUAAGGGAGUGGAUGAAUCGGGAGCCAACAGGUUCACAGUACUGUUUCCAUCAGGGACCCCUUUACCAGCCAGAAGGCAACACACAUUACAAGCCCCAGGAAGCAUAUCUUCAGUGUGCCUUGAACUCUAUGAGUCUGAGGGGAUGAACUCUGCAAAAGAGGAAACCAAAUUUGCACAGGUUGUACUCCAGGAUUUAGAUAAAAAAGAGAAUGGAUUACGUGAUAUAUUAGCUGUUCUUACUAUGAAAAGGGAUGGAUCUUUACAUAUUACUUGCACAGAUCAAGAGACUGGAAAAUGUGAAGCAAUCACCAUUGAGGUGGCAUCUUAAUGAGACCAAGACUUUUUUAGAACUAGGAUAUCAGCAUACCCUGAUUUUGUGUAUAAGUGGUGUUUGUAUUAAAAUAUUUUUUUCAAUGAAUUAUCUAACUUGUUUCUAUUAAACUACAAUAUAU